UGGCGUUACAAGCAAACCUGGAUUUCGAACGACGAUCGAUCGUCCUCCGAAAUACAGGAGGAAAACCCUACGCGGUGCCCAUGCAAUUGACCCUUCGCACUACUAUUAACGCGGUUCCGCGGGUUUCGCCAAUGAUGGCAGGGACUCUCCGCAUGAUUUCCUGGGACGAACCCGCAGAAGGGAAGCCAUCAACUGCUGAUGAUGCGGAAAGCAGUGACGAAGAUGAUCCGGAGAUCUUGAAAUUGUGGGUUCGGUGUCCGAUGGGGAUUUGCAAUGCGCCUGCCACGUUUCAGCGAGUGAUGAACAUGACGUUCCAGAACUUCGUCAACAAGACACGGCUGACGCAAGGGAUGAUCAACUUCUGCGUGAUCGUGUACAUGGACGACAUCCUGGUCUAUUCGGAAACUUAUCAUGGGCACGCGCAACACCUCGAAUGGACAUUGGGCGCACUAAGAGACGCUGGGUUCAAGAUUGCGCUCGAGAAGAGCGAAUUUUUCCUCUCGGAAAUUUCGUUCUUGGGCUACGUCGUGACACGUGGAGGAUUGCGGCCGGACUCGAGAAAAGUGGCGGCGGUGAAAGAAGCCCCGGUUCCCACGUCAUUAACGCAAGUUCGAGCCUUCUUGGGGCUGGCAUCGUACUACCGGCGCUUCAUCAAGGGCUUUGCCGCGAUUGCACGACCGCUAACGAAUCUGUUACGAAAGGACCGGCCUCUUAGUUGGGACGUGGAGUGCCAACAGGCCUUUGCAACCCUCAAAGACGCUCUGGCAAUGGCCCCUAUUUUGAUUCGACCGGACCCCUCGAAGCAGUUCAUUCUCAUCACGGACUGGCAACCGGACGCUAUUUCCGCUAUUUUAGCCCAGAAGAGGAACGAUGGUCGAGAACACGUCAUCGAGUACGCUUCUCGGACCGUACCGGACGAACGAAGAAACGACUCCGCACCUCAAGGCGAGUGCUAUGCGGUAGUUUGGGGAAUCCAACACUUCCACCCGUAUCUCUACGGACAGAAAUUUCGCCUCGUAACGGAUCACGAGCCUCUGCUAGCGCUGAAGAAACUCAUCAAUUACACGGGCAUGGUUGGCCGUUGGGCGAUGCGACUACAAGAAUACGACUUCGAUAUCGUCCAUCGAAAGAUAGAGCGGCACGGCAACGCGGACGAGCUGACACGUCUGCACCGACCUGUCAAGGCUUGGCGAACCAACGUGGAGGGAGAACUCCUCGCGUUUCUGUUCGGUACUGUGCGGCGCGGACAUCAGGAACUCAUCGCGCAAGAGUUCACGAUCCCGGUUGCGCAGCGGGCGGACGAUCUCCCUCUCGACAUCAUCUCGCAAGACGGCAAGCACCCGAUUCCUCAUGUGCUUUCUCGCACAUUGACGCCGUAUCUCCAGUGGUCGGCUUGUGUGGAGGGAGCCGCCGAGCGCAUCCCGCCGUCGCAGCAACAGUAUUUUGAUCCCCGGACGGUUUGCGAUCCUGCCUUCUUAAGGCAUCCAAUGGCGGAGCAGCUUGCGAUGGAGGAAGAGGAGGAAGAGGAGGAAGAGGAGGAAGAAAGCACUGAGAGUGACGAAGGAGAAGACGAGCGGGAAGAAAGUGGGGAAAGCGACGAAGUACUCGGGGAAGGGGACGAAACCCCCGAAGAAGGAAGCUAUAGCGAGCAUAGCGAGGGGGAGCAGAGCGAAGAAGAAGAAGAAGACGACGAAGGAGAAGAGGAGAACGAAGAAGGACCUGCGGAAUCGGAGUGGGAAGCUGUGCCAGAAGAAGCGCUGCGCACGGGCACGGAGGCUGAAGAUCCGGAGGCGGCCCGCAAAAAAGAAGAAACCGCGGCCGAGAAGAGGAAGCUAGAAUUUGCGAGCGGGGCAAGCUCGCACGUGCAGCGGUAGAUGGGAUAAGAGUCUGGCCCCGAUGUAGAUUUCGUUUUUGCUUGUCCCCUGAUGAGGUUGUGGUAUGAUUGCAUCUUGCAUAACCGAGA